AUGAGAGCGGUCAUACCGGAAAACAAAAUGUUACCCCCUCUAGACAAGUAUGGAGGCUCAUCCGAUCCCAUCAAACAUCUUCGGUCAUUCGUGGAUGCUAUGGCGGUGUACUCUACUGAUGACCUAGUGUGGUGCAGGGUUUUCUCCCUGUCCCUGAAGGAAGAAGCUCUAGACUGGUUUCAUUCGUUGCCACCAGCUACCAUUGAUAGUUUUGCUACCUUGCGACAAAUAUUUAGCCAACAAUAUGCCUCGAGUAAAACACAGGGAGUAACAUUUACAGCUCUAGUGCGGAUGAGACAAGGGCGGGACGAGUCACUGAGGGCGUUUAUGGAUCGGUUCAACCGAACGGCUAGACAAGUUAGAAAUGCUGAUCAAAGAUUGAUUGUGGGAGCACUGACGGCAGCAUUACGACCUGGACCAUUUUUUGAUUAUCUACAUGCGGAGGAGCCACAGAGUAUGGAGGAGUUGCAAGACAGGAUGGCAAGCUUUAUCAGAAUAGAGGAGGGGCGAGCGCAUCAACGGGGGAGGGAAGAAAGUGAUAUGCAACAUAGAGGAAGCAGGGAGAGGGUGAUAAAACAGGCGGUCGGGAGAGUGGAUAGGGGAAAUGAGCGCAAGUGGGGAAAUUCUCAGAGGAUGCAACGGUAUGUACAUCAUACACCUCUGAAUCUCCCUCGAGCACGCGUGCUGGAGGAGGCUUUGAGAGCGAAUUUGAUGACUACGAUCCAUGCUCCAACUCCCCUUGGUGCGGAUGAAAGCAAGUAUUGUCGAUACCACCAGAACAGGGGACACACUACUGAGGAUUGUGUGGCUUUGAAGGACAAAUUGGAGACACUGGUGCAAGCAGGGCAGUUGAAGAGGUUUGUGUAG